GCUCUCUUUUUCUUUUUUUAACUUCCAUUUUUGCAUUGAGCGUUCACUGGAAAUAGUUUUAUAUUAUAUCCAAACUCAUAUAUACAGGACCAAUACAACAUCAUGGCAGAUACAUCCAAUCUCAAAGAUAAUUGGUUAGAUCAACUCAGCAACCAUGGAAUCUUUCAACUUUCUGUAGCAGAAGGUAAACGACUUCGCGACCUUAGAAACGCAGCACAACAACGUCCUGGAAACAACUUUACAAUUGGUUUUGGAAGCACUCAACAGCGGUGUACUCGUCUUUUGGCUUUACGUGGUAAUGAUUUAUUUCUUGCUGUUGGAUCUUGCAUUCGAGUACUCAACUUGACAGAAUUCAAGAACGCGUGGAUCGAUACUACUGAACAACUUAUUGAAUCUGAUCUGAAUGAUAUACAAGUAUCACAUUUAUUGAAUAUGCCUCACAAGACUCUUGAAACACCUGGUAUUGAUUUCGAUAUUGACACCAUUUUACCAAACUCCAAUGGAGCUCUUCUUGCUGUGGCUGGCGAACAUCAACUUGCUGUAGUGUGCUUACCUCGUAAAGGAUUCUCAAGUCAAUCUGAUCCUUCAAUGGCUGUUAUUUCCAACCAAACUGUCUUUUGCAAAACUUUAAUCAUUGGUCAAAACUUGUAUACACCUUCAACACGUCUAUUAAAAAUUGAUUGGCAUCCACUUAGUGAAACACGAACUCAUUUAAUGGUCUUAUCCGGUGACAGCAUGCUUCGAAUGUUUGAUGUUAGUACAAAUAUCGAUGAUCCUGAACAACAAUUUGAUUUGACAUCAUCACAACGAAAAUCGUCAUCAAAAAUUCAACAAACUAGUAUUACAGUGGAUGAUGAAAUGGAACAAGAUGAAGAAGUAUCGACCUUUGCAUUGGGUGGAAUCAGUCACGAUUCUAGUGGAUGGGAACCUUUUACAGUUUACUAUACUUUGGAGAAUGGUCAUAUGUAUGCACUUUGUCCAGUGUUACCAUCAAAAAGUAUGGUUCGACGACAACAUUUAGAAUCACUUGCCUGUAUGGCCAUCACCAAUUGCAAUAAAAUUCUCUCUGAAAGUAAAGAAAAUGACAAUGAUCCAGUAAACCCAGUAUACUAUUACUUCCGACUACAAUUUGAAUGGAUUUGCGACUUGAUCAAAACGGCUCAACAAGAGAAAAGCACCUCACUCGCCAUGAUGGACAGAGGUCAACUUUUUGUUAAAAGUGAUCCAACCUCUACACCUCUUCAAGUACAACCUCAAGGACCUUUUAUCAUCAAACAGAAUCAAUGGCAAGAUAAAACAUCCCCGACCAAAGUUAGCGAUAUGCUUUUUGUACAAUCAAAUGGUUUGAAUGUGAUUGCUCUCGGAUUUACAAAUGGAAUUGUACGAAAUUAUCUCUUGGCAGGUGGUAUCAGUGGACAGUGGAUUUUACCUUCUGGAAAAAGUGUCCAACAAUCUUGGUACAAGGAGUUGUCAAUGAUUCAAUCCUCCGUAGCCUUUUUACCUCGUGCCACUCUUCACGAAACGAUUCAAUUCAAAACGCCACAACUCAACAAUGCUCCUAUAUGGCUUGUCAAUGACUCAAUUUAUAAUGAUACGUAUUAUGCUUACCAUGCUGCUGGUGUACAUGCUAUCUCAACAAAGGAAUGGAUGGAUCAAUUAUUGGAACUGAAGAAAAAGGUGCAAUCACAGGAUGGGGAUGAAGUUUUAACCUCUUAUAUUCAAAAAGAAAAUACUUCACAAGUUCGAUGUCUAGUUAACACAGCUCCCUUUGAAACAGGAACAGUGGAUCCUAUCAUCGGUAUGGUGGUUCUUAGUGAUACCUUUUUAUCUUAUUCCUUACUCUCAUUGGAUGCAAAUUGUCGUAUGAUUGGUGUUGAUAUGAAUCUUCGCAAUGUGAUGAACCGGUCAUCGGAACUCAACAAGGUCAUGAAAAGCACUGUUGACGAUUCUCUUACAUCCUAUCAACCAUUACUGUCAUUUUCUGAAUUUGAACCUCCCAAGACUUUACAAAACUUGAUCAAUUCAUCCAAUGCGAAGGUAGUCAUUCCUCCCGAAUUAGGUGGCAACAAAGAAGUGGUGAUUACAAAAGAAACAUUGAACUUUUUAGUGUCUACUGCUACCAAAAUCAGACAAGAUAUCCGUGAUGUGACAAAAUGUGUUUCUCAAAUGAAUACCAGACUCGCAACACAAAAACAAGAAUAUGAACGACAAAUUGAAACUUUAUCCGAUCUUUAUGAACGAGCAUCCCUAUACAAAUCAGAUUCUACAGCCAUGAACAAGAUCAAAUCAGCACAAAAGAAACAUACUGAAAUCUCUUUACGUAUUGAUCGGAUGCUAUGUGAUAUUUCCAAUGCAAAACAAUUAGGAUUAUCAUAUAAGGAAAAGGAAUGGAUUGACAAGGUGGAUAGUAUGGACAAAGAAGUCAAGGGAUAUUUACAAAGGAUGGAGAAACUGAGAUCACAAAUCAAUUCUUAUCAAAAAUCAACAAAAGAAGAGAAGAAACCUAUUAAAAGUCGACUCUCAACCUCACAAGCCGCGAUUGUUAUGGAUACAUUGGAUAUACAGGAACAAGUCAUUGAUGAUCUCAAAACAAGGGUGGAUAAACUCAAAUUGGAAGAGAAAGAUGAUGCAUAGGUGUACAAUGGACUAGAUUAGUUUUUUUUUUAUUAUUAUUAUUAUUAUUAUUCGUUUUAUAUUACAACCUUUUAAAUGUCAAAAUAAUAAACUUUUUGAACUCUAUUUUAC